UUUCAAGUUAAUUUGAGCCAGAGAUUAUAAUUGAAAAUUAUAAAUAAAUUCCUACAUUUUUUAACAAAAUUGAAACGUUCUUAAAACUGUUACAAAAUGUUUAAAAGCUUGCAUUUUAUUUAUCCAAUUAUAUAAUAAAUAACUGUUCAAUUAUAGAUAGAAAAUAAUCAAAUAGACAAUUUAAUCCUAACAAAAACUAAAUAUGUAGUCAAAAAAACAUUCUUUACGUCUCAAAAAUGUGUGCAAUAGAAACCACAAGCGCAAUAAAUCGAAACUGUUGUCAGAUGAUCGGAUUUCAAAAUAAUAAACAUGGUGUAACAUAGUGGCCUUGUAUAAAAAUAUAUAAUUAAUGUAAUUAAUUUAUGAUAAUUAUUGAGGUAAUAAAUGAGUAACAUUUUACAAACAUUUUUCCUGCAUUUUGGAGUAUCUUUUAAGACUGACACAGUUUUGUACAAACACUUAAGCUGCAUUAAGAAGUAUCUUUAACAGCUGAUGCAAUUGGCGAUGCAUAUGACUGUUAACUAUUGGCAUGCAUUCAAAUCCAGACAGUGAAAUGUUAAAGGUUGAACUUAUCUUACUUGAGAGAUAUCUUUGAUUAUAUGAAGGCAUCAUAUGCUGCAGUACUCAGCCAUGUUUUUAUUAUCCCCACCGAAAAAAAAUUCGGAGGGGAUAUAUUGGUCCUGUCUGAGCUUCUGUGUGUCCGUCCGAAACUUUGUCCAGAGCAUAACUCCAAAUCUAUUCAAUGGAUUUACUUUAAACUUACAAUAUAAACAGAUGGCAACUAGGAGAAGUUCAGUGACCAAGAACCAUAACUCUAUCUACCUUAGUUUUUGAAUUGUCUCCCCUUUUAUAUAAAUUAAAGUUAAUUUUUGUCAGGAGCAUAACUCUAAAUCUACUGAAGGGAUUUACUUAAAACUUGAAAUAUAAACAGAUGGCAACUAGGAGAAGUGCAGUGACCAAGAACCAUAACUCUAUCUACCAUAGUUUUUAGCUCACCUGUCACGAAGUGACAUGGUGAGCUUAUGUGACCGUGUGAUGUCCGGCAUCCGUUUUGUGUGCGUGCGUGUGUGCAUGCGUCCGUCAACAAUUUGCUUGUGUAGACAGUAGAGGUCACAGUUUUCAUCCAAUCUUUAUGAAAUUUGGUCAGAAUGUUUAUCUUGAUGAAAUCUGGGUUGGGAUUGUAUUUUGGUCACCUGGGGUCAAAAACUAGGUCACUAGGUCAAAAACUAGGUCACAUAAUAGGUCAAAUAAUAGAAAAACCUUGUGUAGACAAUAGAGGUCGCAGUUUUCAUCCAAACUUUAUGAAAUUUAGUCAGAAUGUUUAUCUAGAUGAAAUCUGGGUUGGGAUUGUAUUUGGGUCAUCUGGGGUAAAAAACUAGGUCACUAAGUCAAAUAAUUGAAAAAUCAUCAACAAUUUGUUUGUGUAGACAGUAGAGGUCACAGUUUUCAUCCAAUGUUUAUGAAAUUUGGUCAGAAUGUUUAUCUUGAUGAAAUCUGGGUUGGGAUUGUAUUUGGGUCAUCUGGGGUCAAAAACUAGGUCACUAGGUCAAAAACUAGGUCAAAUAAUAGAAAAACCUUGUGUAGACAAAAGAGGUCGCAGUUUUCAUCCAAUCUAUAUGAAAUUUGGUCAAAAUGUUUAUCUUGAUGAAAUCUGGCUUAGGAAUGUAUUUCGGUCAUCUGGGGUAAAAAACUAGGUCACUAGGUCAAAAACUAGGUCAAAUAAUAGAAAAACCUUGUGUAGACAACAGAGGUCGCACUUUUCAUCCAAUCUUUAUGAAAUUUGGUCAGAAUGUUUCUCUUGAUGAAAUCUGGGUUGGGAUUGUAUUUUGGUCAAUUGAGGUCAAAAACUAGGUCACUAGGUCAAAUAAUAGAACACCCGUCAACAAUUUGUUUGUGUAGACAGUAAAGGUCACUGUUUUCAUCCAAUCUUUAUGAAAUUUGGUCAGAAUGUUUAUCUUGAUAAAAUCUGGGUUGGGAUUGUAUUUGGGUCAUCUGGGGUCAAAAACUAGGUCACUAGGUCAAAAACUAGGUCACUAGGUGAAAUAAUAGAAAAACCUUGUGUAGACAAAAGAGGUCGCAGUUUUCAUCCAAUCAAAAUAGCCGCAAAAAGACCCAGUGAAAGCAUCGUGUUUCCGGCAGCCAUUUUGAGCAGAGAUAAAUUUUGUAAAUAAAGAUUAACCCCCACUUCAAAGAAAAACAAAGAGAACAGACGAACCAGAGAGGCACAACAAUACCACAACAUCUACCCACUACGCUGCACUGUCCCUUGCCCGUCCAUUGAUUCUUUCUUUUUUUCUUUUCUUUUUUCGUAAAUUUCUAAAACUUGUAGCAUUUUGGACGUCAUUUGGUAUUCCGAAUUAUUUUUGGCUUCUUCAUCGUAUAAAUUAAACAUUACCAAAUGACUAAUUAACCACCUUUAUUUACUUAUAUAAACUAUAUUGGGUUGUUUACCGGUGCGGUGCUUGCAUUUAGUGCUUUACACGUAUUAAGAGCUGUGCCAAAUAAAAACCACUGUGAUUUACACACACAUAACAUCUAAGAUUUCCACAAAACUAGCGUCGUUCCUUUCUUAUUUCAUUUCUACAAUAUGUCGUCCCACAAAAGAGCAUCCAUCUACCCAUCUAAGGGGCAGUGUCAAAACCUGACCCUUUUACUAGGGGAGGCACGUUCAGGGUCGGAUAGGCAUCACCUAUCUCAUAACACCAUGCCCUUUAAGUGCCUCCUCCAGUCAGCUGGAAGUGUAGCCCCCAUCAUGUCCCUUCUCACCAUUUUUCAAUUGGCCUCAGGUUUGGCGGGGGUACUCCCCGGACUAGUUGAGCGGGCGGUGCCCCUGGCGUCUGGCUGCGUGCUAUUGCAGCUCAAGUCCGCUCAAGCGCUUGCCACCCUCCUUUCUAGGGUUACUUUCUAUCUUGGCAAAGUCGCGGUCCGGGCCUUAUCCCCGUCGAACAUGAGGACGGUUCAUGGUUAUAUAGCAGGGAUCCCGGAAAGCCAGGACUUGAUGGAACUUCAGACAUCUCUUUCUUUUAAACCUGCGAUCUCUAUCUCUGAUAUCCUCAUCACUAAUUUGGAAAGGGUUGAGCCUUAUCGCCCUGCCCCACCUGGCUUUCCGAGACUGGUCAAAAUCUCUUUCUUAGCGUCCAUACCAGUCCCAAAUAAAAUCUUAGUCAAGGACACCAGUAUCACCCUUGACAUUCGUCCCUGCCCUGUCACACCUGCCCGUUGCUUCAAUUGCCAGGGCUUUGGUCAUAUAGCCAGCAGGGGUAAAUGCUCUAAUACCACCUCUUGCUGCCGCUGCGCCGGCGCUACUUGCCAAAGAAGGUGCACAAACAAAUUUCGUUUGUGCGCCAACUGUGGCUGCCAGCACUCCGCAUCCUACCAGGGGUGCCCCUCCUAUAAGAAGGCUAUCCAUAUAGCCACCUAUGCCAAUUUUUAUGGGGUCACCUGGUCCGAGGCGGAGAGCAGGCUACUUGCACCUGACACUGUGAGCCACAGCGUGGGCGCCCUAAACACCAUCAUCACAACCGGUUCCGCUUCUUCACCUAAACAUGCUCCCGGUUCUAUCUCGCCCCAAGCCGGGAGGACAUGCACCAAAGUUGAGGGGCUAGUGGGUAAGAGUACCCCCCCUCAACCUAUAAAUAGGGAAUCCCCCCCCAAGGUUACCUUUGUGGAACCGGUAACCAAACACACACCCGAUUUAUGCACCACCCCCCCUGUAUCGCCUAUCCAGGGGGAUCCACCCACUCAGAGACGCCCUCCUGUGGCUACCAGGGGGUCCUCCCCGUCCACCACGUUGAUCGACAGUGCUAGUGAUACCACCUGUAGUGGUCCUACACUGUCGGAUGACUCUAUGUUUGAUAUCACGGGGAGAGACUCUCUGGUGUCAGUGCACUCCAGUAUAUUGGAGAACCUUUCUAUCUCUGGUGUCUGUGAAAUAGAGGAGGAACCCCGAGUUAGUGUCCCCCCUAACCGUCCCAGAAUGGUCGACUCCCAGACAUCCCCAAUGAGCUCUCCCACCGACAACACCAGCAGACGUAACUCGUUUACUGGGGACUCAUUUAUUAAAAUCAAGGAUCCGCCAGCAACAGGUCCCACAUAUAGGAAAAUAUAUCUCAGUGAACUGGCGGGAUCUGGUUGCUGAGAUAAUAAAGGACCAGAAAAGGCCCACUGGGAGUCGAGCUAUAUCUUACAUCUAUAACAAAAUUGAUUCUUGAUUCAAAAAUUGCAGAGAAUCAAUAACAAAGGUCAUCUCCCCUGA